UCUGAUUUUAGUCUGUGUUUCAUUCUUCAUCGUUUAAGGGCAUCGGAAGCGGAAUUGCCUGCAAAUUGUAAACAAAUCACCAAAAAGCUGUUAAAUUCAUUCAAAUCAUUGACGAUUGACAGUUGUAGACGUCGGUUAUGUCAUAUUCGAAUAUUUUUCGUGACUAUAUCAGUUAAUAAACGAGUUUAUCGGGUCGUAGGAAGCAUUUCAAUGGUUUCGGAAUAGUUUGAAAAAAAAAAAUUAAAAUGAUGGAAGUAAGCCAGAACAUGGAGCUGAAGGAACUCUCCACAGAGGGCGCUUUAAUGCGAACUCUUUCCUCAGACCUCGGCAGUGAAGUUGAACCUCUCCCCACACCUGCAAUUGUCAACGAAUCGAGCCGAACGUCCGCCGAUGAAGAUGACCUAUGUGAGCUGACCAAUGGGGUCGAAACCUCCCACAGUAAGGACAUCAGGGAGGCGGACAAACCGAUUAGUGAAUCGGAACAGGAACGCAAUGCCGGCAGCGAUUUGGACGCUCUGCUGGACAAGAUUAGCUCCAUUGUGGACUGUAGUCCCAGGAAUUCCGAUGAUUUAGAGACACUCGAUAAGAAUGAGGAAUGCGACUCUGCGUCCACAAAGGAGAAACCAGCUGAUGAGACGGACGAAGAGCAGGCUUUGCAAAGAGAAUUAGAAAUAGAAGAAAAAGAAGAAGAAAGAGAGGUAUCGGAAUCAAAAGAAAACGAAGCGCGCGUGGAGUUGGAUUCCGAAAUUGAGACUGAGGAGAAAGCUGCUGGGGAGGACAUCGAACACAACGAAGAAUCCGCCCCAGCUGAGGAAACCACAGAGGAAAUCGAUGAUUUGAAUGAGCCGGUCGAAGAGAAUAUUGAGAAAGUAACAGAAGAAAAGAAAGAAUCGGAAGAAAAAGAAGAAGACAGACCACAUGAUGUGGAUAACAUUGAAAAGGUCCCGGAAAAGCUAAACACAUCCACGGAUGAUGUGUUUAUGGAUGCCCUAGACAGCAUUUCCAGUUCCGAUGAGUUUGAUAUCGUCGCUCGACAGGAGUCCCAGAAAGCCAAGCAAAGCAAAAAUCUGAACACCAAUAAUAAACCAGAUUCCAACGAUCUCGAUGAGAUUUCGUCCGAUGAUGAUGAUGUUCUUAAAAACGAGAAAGUUGAUAAACCAGAAGAACCAAAAGUGGACAUUAUAGAUUUAGACUCGUCGGGCGACUGUGUGGUUUGUGAAACACCAAGGGAGGACGAGAAAUCGGUAGACAAAUCAGAAGUUACCGAUAAAGUUAAUCUUAAUAAAGCCUUAUCACAGAACACGAAGACUGUGAAAGAGAAUAUCUCAGAAGGGCCCGAGGAGGUGGCUCAAGAUGAACCUAUUCAAGCUAGCGAAGAGGAAGACAAGUUACCAGAAAUUGAUGAACCCACGGAGUCUAUGUCAAAUGAAGACGAGGAGACAAAGGUAACCGAAGAGAUAGAAGAGUCAGUGCUGAUAGAGGACGAAGAGUCUAUGUUAGUCGACAAAGAGCACGAAGAGUCCGAAAAAGCAGAAGAACAAGAAGACAACCAAGCAGAAGAUUCCGAAAAGGACAAAGAAGGGGAAGAACAGAAAGAGCUCAAGGAAACUGAAGAUUCGGAGGUGGUUUUAGAAACAGAGGACCUUGAAAAGGUAUCUGGGGAGGCGGAAGAAGUGAACUUGACAAAAGAGGAGAAGGAAACAGAAGCGCUGGAAGAGGCAAAGCCAACAGAAAAGCUGGAAAAGGAAAAACUUGAGCCGGAAGAGGACAAGGAAACAAAAGAACCCGAAGAGGAGAAGGAAAAAGAAGAGCCGGAGGAGGUUAAGCCAGCGAAAAAAACGGAGGGGUCCGUGGAAGUUGAAUGCGAAGAAAAUCCAGAAAAGUCCGACCAAAUGGAGGUGGAGUUUCAAACUCAAACCCAGGAAAUGAACGACACCACGAUAGACGAUUUGUUGAUGGAGGUGGACAAGGGCAAGGACACCCUUGAAAGCGAGGAAAAUAAAGCAUCAAAGGUUAUAUCAGAAGAAGAUAAGGAACACAAGCUAAAUGGCAUAUGCGAGAAGCUAACAGACGACAGUUAUGAGCAUUUGUCUAAGGAGAAACCAGCUGUCGAGAAGGAAGCCAAAGAGCCGGAGUCCGAUGAUGAAGUAAUUUUCUUUGAGCCCCUGGAUAAGUCAAAUAAGAUUGAAACUGCCACAGAGCCAACGAGUGAACAGUCCAACAAACCUGAAGCGAGGGAUGACGAAGUUGUCCUGGUUUCCGAGGAUGAGGAGGAACAACCUCGGGAAAAGAAACUCGAAAAGGAAGUUCAAGGUUCCGCGAAAGAAUCCACUGCCUCAGGCCUUCCCAAUGAUUCCACGGCAGAAUCCGUUAAGGACAAAGACCUGCAAAUGGACAAUUCCGACAAUGCGUGUGAUCAGUUUGAGAAACUGAAAACGCCCAACAAGGUGAAGUCCACUGCCAUGGAGGAUGGAAAUAGUAACUCCAGCAAUCUGUUGCGGCCUGCCGAGGACUCUGAAGAGUCGGCACCAAAACGGGUGCGUCUUAGUACGGAUGAUAAAGUAGUACCCGAGCUGGAGGCGGACCUGGAAACAGCCACAAAGUCCAGCAGCGCGGAAGAAGACAAGAAGGAUAUUUCCAAGCGGAGCCAUGAUCACCUGGACGGCAGUCCGGAUCGGGAGGAUGCAAUUCCUAAUAAGAAACCUAAGACUGAGGACUCCGAAUCGAAUAGCUCUUGCGAUGGCAUGCUACAAAUCGAUAUGGAAGGAGAGGACGACAAGGAGCAAAUAAAGAAAGCAGAUUCCCCCAAAAAGGAGGAAGUUGAGAAACCCAAAAUUGAGCUCUCGCCUGCUCCGGAAAUUAAAAAGGAUGUAAAGCCACUGCGCCUGGAGUUCUUCAAGGCCUUCCGACGCAGCAUCGACACCAUGUCGCGCGAUGACCUGGAGGAGCUGGUGCUGCAGAAGGUCGUCGAGGCCAUGCUGGUCAAAAGUGAUUUCGCGGACAUCCGUAUGCAGCUGGAUAAAUGCGAGAGCACGCUGACCACGUAUCGCCGCAAGAUCGCCGAGGUGUCUAAACAGUUCCUCGAUCUAGAGACGGUGCACAAGCGGGUGCUCAAGGAUCUGGAGGCCAAGAAUUCGCACUACACCGCUCCUGUGCGGAUCACGCGAGCCGUGGGACUUCAGGUGGGCAUUCCGUUCAAGGCCAUGAAGCCCACGGUCGCUGCUCCGGAUCAGUCACAUGCUGCAGGCAGUAUGUUGGCGCCUCCCAGCGGAACGCCUCCCAAGGCCAGCACCUCCCCGAUGCGAUCGCCCAUGCGCUCCAGGCCACCACCUCCUGCCUUUGGUCCAUCCUCCAGCUCAUCCGGUGCGGGUCCGGGCCCAAGUGGCACUCAGAUUCCCAAUCUCCAUCAGCAGCCAGCUCGGUCCACCGCCAACUCAUCCCAGUCCCCGGCAACUGCGGGCGCUACCGCGCCUCCUGUGCGCAGAGGCUGCCUGCAGAAGGUCACGCCCCAGCGACCGGGACCUGGUAACAACCUGCCACCCGUGCCACAGACUAACAGCCAGUCCACUGCUCAUCUCCUGCAGAACUCACCGCCAAGCGGUCAGAGGACUAUGCACGCCUCCAAGCACACCGGAACCACUGCCUCCAUGGCGGCAUCCGUAGCCAAGGGCGCCAUGCGAAACCGGAACUCGGCACCCUCCUACUUCUCCCAAAAACAGCAGCAACAACAGCUACAGCAGCAGCAGCAGCAGCAGCAGCAGCAGCAACAACAGCUGCAGCAGCAGCAGCAACAACAGUACCAAACAGCUCGUCCUUGCCCUGCUUCCACCACAGGCACAACCCCGACCAAGCAGGUGCCCAAGUGCACAACGAAAGUGCGCCCAAUGCAGCCCCCGCUUUCCGGAGCCACGGUCUCGGUGCCCAUGUCAGCUGCCGGCGGCACAGGAGCGACAUCCGGCGGCUAUGGCCAGCAGCAGCAGCCCAGCCUGGCGCCGGCCAAGCCCAAGGAGAAGGCGGUCAUCGACCUCACGGACGAGGAUGAUGCAGCGGCGGCGGCUGCGGCAAAGGCUGCCCAGGCACAAAUCGAGGCGAACGCUCGUCUGCGCCAAGCAUCCAAUGCGGCGGUCAAGCGAACUGCCCAGACUGCAGCAGCGACAAGAGGAGGCCGCGGAGGUGGCAAUGUGGUGCGAGCGUCUCCAAUGCAAUUGGGACGCGUCAAUGCCCGUCAAAUAGUCCACAACAAUGGAGGAGGUCAGCGAAGUUCUCUGGGCUCAAACGUGACCAUGCAGAUUCGUUCGGAGAAUACCCCGCCGGCUGCCUCGCGUUUAAGGUACUCGCAUCCUGCCCCGCUGCCCUCAUCUCCUGCCCAGCCCUUCAAUCCCGCGUGGAAAGUGCCUCCCUCGCGUCCCGUCAUCCGGAUUAAUCUGCUGGAGACCGGCAUUGUCAUCUCCUGGACGCUGGAAGACAUGAGCCCACGGUUUGCCGAGUGUGUUACAUACCAGAUCUAUGCGUAUCAGGAGACGAUCCACGAGCCGAGCACGGACAGUUGGCGGCAUGUGGGCGAUGUCAACGCAAUGCUGCUGCCCAUGGCCGUCACGCUGAAUCAGUUCCAGGAAAACCAGCGGUAUUAUUUCGCGGUACGGGGCGUGGAUAAGCACCAGCGAUUCGGACCCUUCAGUGUGCCCAAGACAUGGUCGUAAACGGAUGCGGAUGCGAUGUCCACUGCCCUGGCCUCUUCCUUAGGUGUAGAUUGUAGCCCUAGUGACCCACAUGUAAUUUAUUUAUGUACGCAUUUCAAGCUUUUUAAACGUAUUCACUUUGACAGCGUUGGUACUUCGUUUCUCGAAAUUAGCCUGAAUUAUGAGUUUAGUUCUAAGUUUUAAAGAGAUUUCGCGAAGGAGUUCAUAAAAGUAAUACAUAAUUACGUUGAGCAGCCAGUCCUCCUCUAUAGCUAAAAGUCAGUAAGUAACGAAAAAAACAAUUGUAUUUUAUUCACAUUAGUUUAUCACUAUUAAUUAAGUUCAAAACUUACAUGAAAUAAUAUACAACAUUGAAUAAAUAUCAAAUGAGGAAAUUA